GCCGAGGUGCUCUUGCAACCACCGCCGGCACCACCUCCGUACAUGGUGUGGGACGAUGUCGGAGCUGCCGUUUCCCUGGCACACCCUCCCGGCCCGUUUGGAGUCGGGCCUGCUUCCCCGCCCCUGGUUACGUAUUUUGUUUAUACAUAUCUACGGUGCAGUAUGCGAUGAUGUAGUAGUCAACUGUUUCUAGAGACCAAAUCCUGUAAUUAAUAUUGCCUCCCAUAUGGCCGAGAGACUAAAAGCAAUAAGCAACACCCUAAAGAUGCCGCCCAAGCUGAACGAGAACGGGAUCCCAAGCUUCGACGACCUCCCUCUCAGGGAAGGGGACCCUCACCACUCGGCCUGGGGCCUGUACGGCGACAACGACGAGCUGGGGACCCUGAACCGCCUGACCGACGAGCGGGUGGCGGCGGCCGCGAGGGAUGAGAUCAAAAAGGGGACCCGGGUGUCGCUCAACUGGCCGCUCGACGCCCAGGGCGAGUCCGGCUUUUUCCAGCGGAAGCUGUUCCACCAGGAGCUCUUCCAGAAGCCGCCGCGGGUCGUGAACGAUGACAUCUGGACCUUCAACACCCAGGUGUCGAGCCAGUGGGACGGGUUCCGCCACUUUGGGUACCAGAAGGAGAAGAAGUUCUACAACGGCGUGACGCUGGAGGAUAUCCACGGCAGGGACGCCGACGGCAAGAAGACGACUGUGAAUGGAAUCCAUGCCUUCACCGAGCAGGGGAUCGUGGGCCGAGGGAUCCUGGUUGACCUGUACAGCUGGCGCCAGAAACAGGACGACCCGGCCCUGAGGGAGUUCAACUGCUUCGAGACGUCGUCCAUCCCGCUCAGGGACAUCAAGGCGUGCCUGGAGGCCCAGGGGACAGAGGUCAAGUUCGGCGACAUCCUGUUCACGCGCACAGGCUGGCACGCCCAGCACGCCCAGCUCCCCGAGCCCGAGCUCAGGGCGCACCAGGCGCGGCUCCCGCACCGCUUCGGCGGCGUCGAGCAGUCCGAGGAGAUGAUCCGCUGGGUGUGGGACAACUUCUCCGCCGUGGCGGGCGACCAGCCGUCGUUCGAGGCCUGGCCCAGCCGCGAGGACUGGGCCCUGCACGAGGUGCUCCUCGCCGGCUACGGGUGCCCCAUCGGCGAGCUGUUCUGGCUCGAGGGCCUGGCCGAGGCGUGCGCGCGCGAGGGCAGGUGGAGCUUCUUCGUCGCCAGCGAGCCCUGUAAUGUCCCCGGUGGUGUUGCGAGCCCGCCGAAUAUCUUGGCCAUCUUUUGAGUGAGUUCUUGUUGGUUGGGAAGCGGGGUGUUAGGCAUGGGGUUGGGACGCCGUCGCGGGUUGGCCGUGGGUGUGUUGGGGAAGAGCUGUGUCUCUUGAUGUUUAUGACGAUGGACGCGAAUACGGGUUAACGCUAUCUCUGCAAGUGUCUGUCUUACCCCAUGCUGAUAGAGCAUGUAUAUAUUGCUAGGUACCCACAUAUAUGCUCCUGUCAUCAGAUAUGUCGUUUUGCUCCGGGAUCAACAUCUCUGAUCACCCAGACUGACAAGGAAUUCGACAGUGACGUCGCAGUCGGCGUCGACGGGAAGAGAUCACCAUCGUCAUCAAAAAGGACCGGGGGGUGGGCAGUGCACGCGCAGGGACUGACGUUGCCCGGAAGAGGGAGCUGUAAAUGCCUAGGUAGGCAGUGUUCAGUACAUGUUGGCUCAGGGGCCAUCACGAUCUUCAGAUUCAGUGCAAAUUUCACCCUUGACACAUGCAGUUUUGAACAGGCCCGAGAAAACACUGAAGUAAAUGUUCCAUCAUGUGUCGAGGUGAGAGGUACACACAUUCCACGUACGCACGUACCGAACCCACCCCCAUCCCCCCUGACCUCCCUCCC